ACAAAGAAAAUGUAUGAUUGCAUCGGCGAAAACAAAAUAAAUACGCUAAGGAAAUAUUAUUAAUAUUAGUAUUUUAGUGCAUAGUAUUACUGUCAGCCAAUUUACAUGCAAUUUACGUUUUAUGUGAUAACAAUAUUUAAACAUACAAAAACAGGAUAUUGUAGACGUGAAAAAAAAUCAUCGAAUCGUAUUGUUGCAAUCGGGUAAAAACGAAAUAGAAAAUGGACAAAUGCUCAGAGAACAUAGAGAUUGUUUGUGCAAGAGAAGAACACAUACCAAAUAUCAAAUCAACAAUGAAGGAUUUUUAUUUAGAUGAACCGGUUUUCAAAGCUCAGAAAAUAGAUGUUGAAAAAUUAAAUGAACGCUUUUAUGAAAUCAAAGAAGGUGACAUUACAUUAGUAGCUAUUGAUACAAAUAAUAAAUCUGUAGCAUCUCUAGCUAUUAAUAGUAUUACAAAACCUGAUAAUGCAUUGAAACAAAAAAUACAUGCUGAUCUAUAUAAUAAAAGCAAUAUAGAUUUAUAUCGUGCUUUAAGAUUCUGGGCGUCAAUUCAGAGCGAGCCAUGUCUAUUCAAAAUGUUAAAUGUAGACACAAUGUGGGAGAUUAAAACCUUAGCAACAGCAAAACAAUACCGUAGUCUUGGAUUGUCCACAGCUGUGGCCAAACAAUCGUUUGACGCAGCUUUACUCAAUGAUGAAAUAUCUGUUAUUUGCAUGGAUUGUACUAAUUACUUCAGUGCAAAAAUAGCUCAGAAUCUAGGCAUGGAGUGUGUGGUAAAAAAACAUUUUAACGAAUACAGAGACGAUAAUGGGCACCCUUGGAUUAAGAACAUACCCGAACCACCAAGUGAUACAGUGAGAAUAUUUAUUUUUAAGAAAAAUAAUUAUAAAAAUAACGUUUAAUUAAUGUCUGUAUACCUUAUGUAUGAAUACGACAAGUUUAUUAAUUAUUGUACUCGUUAGUACCUUAUAUAUAUAUAUAUAUAUAUUGAUAUAAACAAUAAAUUAAUAAAUACAUUUACAAUUGUGUAUUGUAAAUUAUACAAUAUACAUAUUAAUAAAUUAUCAUAUUUAUUCGUUUA